AUGGGAUCCUCGUACUCUACAAUAUCGGAGGAUGUCAAAUCUAUCCGAAAUGGACCUUCAGCCUCCCAUGAAGAAAACCAAAUCUAUUACCCAAGACACUCAGCUGAUGCGGUCGAGAGCUUCAACAUUCUCCGACAAAAGUUGCCGUCUGAACUCGUCCUGGAGAUUCUAGAAUUGGCAGAGUAUUGGGUGUUAUCUGCCACCUUCAGAGCAGACACAGUGGGUUACGAUGAAGGCGACUGCCGUGAUCGAACCCCAUAUUUGACAUCGGAGCCCAUCCAAGGCGAGCGAUUUCCCGUUCGAGAGAUCAGAAUCAACAUCUGGAGCCAUGAUCAGGGAUGGAGCAGCUAUGGUGAAGAUCAUGGCACAUACAGAAACUCUUGGACCUGGUUCGAUCUUGGUAUUGAACGACCGCCGGGACGAGAUGAUAUCUCCAAAGAUGAAGACCUACGCCUGGCGACGAAUGUUCACGCUAGACGCGAAACUAUGCACCACCAGAUUACGUACCGGAGGGACCAGAAAUUACGCUGGAUGCAAAAUCUUCAAGCAGGUGAUCGGAUUUCGAUUAUACCACGGGCGCGUUUUCAUGGCUGGCGCAAUACCGUGGAAAAGGCUUCUAUUGAGGUUUACACCAGCCCUGUUCUGUGA